AUGGGCGACGCGACGGCGCCGAACACGGAUGGCGCCCCGGAGGGCACCGGCACCGUGUCGCAGACCAAACCCGCCUCGCAGAUGGACACUGCGACGACGACGGAGGAGCGGCCGCAGUUCGACUCAACCCUCCACUACCUGAUGACGGCCAUCGGGUACGCCGUCGGCCUCGGCAAUCUGUGGCGCUUCCCGCGCGUCGCCUGGGAGAACGGGGGUGGCGCGUUUCUGAUCCCCUACUUCACGUGCCUCGUCUUCUUCGGCAUGCCGUUGUUCUAUUUCGAGUCGUUCAUCGGCCAGUUCACCCAGUCCGGCGCCAACAAGGUCUUCUUCCGCUACAUGCCCGCCUUUCAAGGAAUCGGCUGGGCGAUGGCGCUGCUCAGCCAGCAGGUGAACAUCUACUACCCGAUCAUCGUCGGCUGGUCCCUCGUCUACAUCCAGAGCAUCUUGAGCGGCAACGUCGAUAAGCAAGAGGGCGGGGUGGUGAUGUACAAGGGAAACUGCGAAUACGGCAACGCCACCAAACUCCAGGCCAUCCGCGAGAAAAUCCAGAUCCCAACGUCCGAAUUUUUUGAACGCUACGUGCUGCAACGCUCCGAGGGCAUCUUCAGCUUCGCCGGCCCGAGUUGGACAGGGACAAAGGAAUAUGAGGAGAUACCCAGGGAACCGUCGAUGAUGAACUGGCAGCUGCUUUGUUCG